CAUCCACCAACCCCUUACUACCACGUGUCGGUACCCGAUCUUAAGACCGCCAACUAGAAGGUCCACCGGUUACCUGGAAUCGCCAGUACCCAACCAAUGCCCUCUCUCUCUUUCUCUGCGUUGCAAUUUUCCUCUCUUUUUGAACUACUUUUCAUUCUCUCUCUCAGACGUCUCUUUUUAGGGUUCUUCGAUCAUCUGACAUAGAAAGAGGAAUAAGGAAUUACCAUCAUCUCCAUCUGUGAGAAUUUUGUUUUGCUUUUCUACACUCCCUUGUUUUCCAAAUUUUCCCUUUUAUCUUUCCAUGUGUUUUUGCUAAUUUCUUGUACCAUUUCCGGAAUUCUUCCUCGUGUUUCUGGGUUAAUCUGUGGAUUACCUUCGAUUUGGGUCACUAUGUGUCUCUGAAUUGCUGCGGAUUUCAGAUAAUUUAGUAUUAUUUUCUUGGAAAUUUUGAAUAAUUUUGCAUGAUUUUGUGAUCUGGAACUUGCUGAAGAUUUGAGAAUUGUUCCCCUGAUGCUUUGAGUUUGCUCCUGUUAUUCUUUGCAUAGUUGCCUGAUAUCUUGAGGAAUUUCGUUUCUUGAAGUGUGUAGUUCGUUAUUUUGCCUGAUUUGUGAAGCUUAUAUUUUAGGAUAUGUUAAUAGAUCAGAGGUUUUGAGGGAAAGUAAAAGUAAUUUGCUUUAAAGGUAUUCGCAGAAAAUACUUGAUUUAUGACUGGGAAGGGAGUAUGGCCGCUGGUAUGGAUUUUUCACCUCCGUUUACUGUAUUAGAAGGUGGUUACAGUAAGGUCAAUGCAUCAUCUAUGGAACAUCCGAACUCGGAAAAUUUAGAUAAUGUUAAACAAACUGCAAAUGCGAAACCUCCUCGGAACCUCUCGGUUAUGCGGCAUAGUAUGAAUGCCAUGAGGAUGCUGGAUGCUGCUGAUCUGGCAACGGAUGUUGGGGUUGUCAGCAAGUCACCUUCUGAUGAAAAAUCAAAUUUUCUACCUGUGUUCCGAUCAGGGAGCUGUGCUGAAGGAGGACCUAAGCAAUAUAUGGAGGAUGAACAUGUUUGUAUAGAUAAUCUUACUGAAUAUCUUGGUGCACCAUCCAACUUUCCCUCUCCUGGAGCCUUCUAUGGGGUAUUCGAUGGACAUGGAGGUACUGAUGCAGCAUCUUUUGUUAGAAAUAAUAUUCUCACUUUCAUAACUGAGGAUUCUCAUUUUCCAAUUUGCAUGGAGAAGGCAAUUAAGAGUGCUUUUGUGAAAGCUGAUUAUGCAUUUGCAGAUGAUAGUGAACUUGAUAUCUCCUCUGGCACCACUGCACUAACUGCCAUUAUCUUUGGACGGACCUUGAUAGUUGCCAAUGCUGGAGAUUGUCGAGCAGUAUUAGGAAGGCGAGGUAGAGCAAUUGAGAUGUCCAAAGACCAUAAACCUAAUUGCACAUCUGAAAGGCUGAGGAUUGAGAAACUAGGAGGAGUGAUAUAUGAUGGCUAUCUUAAUGGCCAAUUAUCUGUUGCACGUGCACUGGGAGACUGGCACAUGAAGGGGCCCAAGGGUUCUGCAUGCCCUUUAAGUGCAGAGCCAGAAUUGCAAGAGACAAAUCUAACUGAGGAGGAUGAGUUUUUGAUCCUGGGUUGUGAUGGCCUGUGGGAUGUAAUGAGCAGCCAGUGCGCAGUGACAAUUGCAAGGAAGGAACUAAUGCUCCAUAAUGAUGCUGAAAGAUGCUCAAGAGAAUUGGUCAGGGAGGCUCUAAAGCGCAGCACAUGUGAUAAUGUAACGGUGAUAGUGGUAUGUUUCUCGCUAGACCCACCCCCUCGGAUAGAGAUCCCACAGUUUCGAGUUCGAAGAAGCAUAUCAUCAGAAGGUCUGAAUUUGCUCAAGGGUGUGCUGAAUAGCAACUCAUGAAACGAUGGGGAUGAUUUAUGGAGGCGUGUGCAAAUGCAUUUCACGGUUUAGAAUUGGUAUGGACAUUUUUUUUCCUCUCUCCUAGGAUGGUUUCCUUGUUCAGGAAAUAAACAUGGCAUAGAAUGUGAUUCUUUUGAGUUUCAGAACCCUGUAAAUCUGAGAUCAUUUAUGUUGUAACAUUUCAAUGAGUUCAUUGUUCAACACUAUCCAGUUGCACCGACAAAUCUCUCAUUUUUCGUUUAUCCUUUGUACAUAAACUUGAAAAAUGAAAACUGAGGGGGUAUUCUCUUA